AUGGAAAGAAAAUGUAUGUCAAGACUUGCAAACUAUUUAGCCAUAAUAACAUUGGAUGAGUCACAAUUAAGGCAUGGAAGCAGUGCUGGCAUAGUUAAAGAACGUUUUCCUAAAGAUGAAUGGAGUGAUGCACCAUUUCCUCAAAACAUGCAAAUGUUUUGUUUACCGCAUGGCUGGACUAUAGUUGCGGAAAAAAGAAAUCCUAUGUUCUUUGUUACAACAUUAACUGAUUUGUCUGGUGCUCAUCAAUUUCUAUUCUGUCUUCAAACAUAUGAAGCAAUGGAAGUGACAUCUGAUGAUGAUGAUGAUAAUAUUAAACCUAAUGGAGAGAAUAUGCUUCAAGUAUAUAAGCCUGUUGUUAUUGCAUUCAUUUCUAGUUAUCCUUUUGUUGAAUUUUUUAGAACUGUUCUUUCGAAAAUUCUCACUUACGAAGAGAAUAAAUGCGAUGUUGAAAGAUUGAUAACCGAUGUAAUUGGUAAUAUAGUUGUAAACAAUAGCUUCCGCACAAUAUACUUAGAAAGACAAUCUAUAUCAGUAUGGGCACCGAAAGAACCUACGUUACAGAUAACAACAUCCCGAGUCUAUCUUCUAGUCAAAUACCUAGGUUCAAUUCAUAAUCUCAUUCUUCUGUUCCGUUGUCUCAUGUCUGAGCAGAACAUAGUUUUUCAUAGUUGUUCUCUAAAUCGCUUAUUUAAUGCUACAUAUGCCUUACAAACUCUUUUAUAUCCUUUAGAAUAUGCACAUACACUAGUAUCAAUCUUGCCAGAGUCGCUCAUUGAUUAUCUUGAAAGCCCUACACCUUUUUUGAUGGGCAUUUUAACAUCAUCUUUGCCCAAAAUUCCUUCUGUGGAAUGUGCAUUAAUCGAUCUUGAUCAAGGAGAAUUUAAAAUUUCACCAGAGUUAACUGUUCCCGAAAUCCCUGAACCUUACAAUGGACGAUUAAUCGAAAGGCUGAAGCUGGUUCUUUAUGGUGAUGUACAACAAGAAGAUAAUAUAGUUCAAGAUUCGCAAAGUACAGUCGGCGAUGAUUUUGAUAAAGACAAGAAAAUCAGAGCAUGCUUUUUGUUAUUUUUCGUUGAGUUUCUUCGCGGGUAUCGAACGUGCUUGGAAGUCGUUCGUUUAUACGAAAAACCCUUUAUUGUGUUUCAUCAAGCUGCUUUUUUAGGACUGAGACAGUUAUUCGAUCCAUUUUCGAAAUAUGUGACUAGUUGCCAAAUGUUCCAAGUGUUCAUAUCAAAUAGAGGAUUGCCUUACAGAGAGUCUGAUUAUUUUGACAAACUGAUGUUCAAACAUCCAAACGAUGCGACCGGAUCGUGUGUCGAUAAAAGUUUAUUGGAGGAGAUCGUAACGAUUUCAAACUAUUUGGAGCAAAACGAGAAACAAUGUUGCGUCUUACCUGAUACUAACUGGGUGGCUAAGCCGAAAGUUGUCGACCAAUUGAAAACAGACGAUCUGCUACUUCAUUUGAAAAAAGUAGAUCAGAUGAUUCAAGAUUCUGCUAGAAGUAGAUCAGCAACUCCAGAGUCCAGUGCUAAAAUAAUGAUUAAAGAAAGAGAAAAUUGCUGGAACAACACAGCUUUCAUAAAUCAUAGACGUUUAGUUGUGUUGGAGAAGUGUGUACAAGCCAUCUUCGAUAAGAAAGUGGCUGAUGCUAGUAAGAUGAUUUUGGCUGCGGAGUUUUCCCUUAAGAUUCCGGAAGCUCGGAUUUUUUUGUGUCGGUCUUUGGAGCAGUUUGCAAUUCCUGUAUCGAAAGCAACGUUAUCUGCCGAUCAGUUUGAACUUGUUGUUCGAUUAUUAAACUUCUCGCUAGAUCAAGAAUCAACUGAUGAUGAAUAUGGCGUUGCAUACGCAUGUGUACGUCUCAGUUUCUUGUUUUGUAAGGUGAUCUCUCAAGGAGUUUUUCAGUUUGUGUACACGUGCAUUCAAAAUCAUCCAGUAUGGAAGUGUCCAAAGUUUUGGGAAACAUGUUUCUAUCAUGAUGUUCACUUGAUCAUCGAAAAACAUUAUGAUUGCGGAACAGAAGCAAAGAAUCAGAUUAUUAGUGAGAAGAACUUGUGGAACUUGAUGAACGAGAACAGCAGUUUAAUAAUGGUAGCCGAACAUCUAAAAACAGUGGAAGAAAGCAAUGAGGAUGAUGAUCACUUGAAGCAUAUAGAAACGGAAGAUGAGAUACUAUUCAGUCAAGCGAAGCACUACAUCAACCUCAUAGUAUUACUCAGAACUCCUAUUGAAACAGAAACUGCUCGUUCAAAAGUAUGCAACAACAAUAAAUCAGAGGAAAUGAACACUUCUCAAAACCAAUUGUAUCCAUAUAUCGAUUCAGAUCAGAAAAAUUCAACGGAAGAAUUGAUUAAAUGGAUUUCGAAACUGGUGUAUGGGAUGUGCUCUUCUGCUAAUCUGAAAUCCCCUUUGAUUCAUCGAUUACUCACUGAAAUACGCCAUUUGGCUUACAUGCAGCUUGAGAAUCUUCAAAUUAUUCAAGAAGAGAGCAAGAGGAACUUGUCAGUAACUAAGAAAGCAGUAGUUAAGCCAAUAUCGUACUUGCCGAACGAGAAAAUCUUGAUGGAAGGUCUUUCAUGUCUAUUGAUUGAUCAUAAAGCCAAUCUCAAAACAUCGGAUGUUACGCAGCCAGCUCAAGGGGUUAUUUUUUUGACUAACUACUGCAUCUAUUUCAAAGGAAAUUCGUGUGAAUAUGGAGAAGAAACGGAAAUGUGUGUUCCAUUGAUGUCAAUAGUCAAAAAGAUAUCUUUAAGUGAUGAUGUUUUUAAAGAAGUAAUGAAACAGAUAACACAUCAGGAUACGAGAAGGUUUCAUAGUCCGAUUAUGAUUCGAACAAUACAUUUUCAGACUGUUUGUAUAUUUUUCGAUGAACAGGUUAAUCCUUUGAGUAUUGAGAGUUUAUGGUCGAAUAUUGUUGGAGUACGGUGGCCUACCAGUUUCCAAAAUGCUUUCUUAGCCUAUUCUAAUGACAAUGGGAUGCUCACUCUUUCAAAUGAUUCUAGGAGAUCUUCGAAAAUGCCAUCAUUUCUUCGUGAUAUCACUCUUAAUAAAUCGAAAAAAGAUUUUCGAACAGGAAUGGAAAGCACUUUCUCACUAUCCACUUCUCCAAGAAGACAAACAGCAAUUUCUCAAAUAGAUGAUCAUAAGAAAACUUCCUGCUUUCUCUCAACAAACCACUCUUAUCUAACUGAUUAUGCUCGAAUGAUGAAAAGAUCCGAUAUCCGCUUAUCUCAUGCUAACAAGUUCUACGAUAUAUCGAAAACGCUUCCGUCAUGCAUACUCGUGCCUACAACAGUGAAAGAUGAUUUUUUGUUCAAAAUAAGGAAAAUUUACAAAUAUAAUAGAUUACCUGCCAUUACGUGGGCUAAUACAUCGGGUCAAGUGCUGCUUCGUGGAAGCAGCUUUAACUCUUCAAAUCUCAUGCUGAAGCUUAAAAAUCAAGCUUUUAACCGUUCUGAUCUCACUUCUAACUUUUCCUACUCGAAAUUAAAUUUUUUAAACAAACACGAUUUUGAAGUCAUGAGCACGGAUGCAGCUAAUCAGGAAGAUUAUUUCAAUCAGAUAAUACAAGCUGUUCCUACUGUAAUUGAAGCUAUGUAUCAUCCUCUACAAUUGAACAGUUUUUACAAUCUUGUUGGUACUGAGAUGUAUAACCCAGUUUUCGAUCGUAUCAAAACAGUAGCAUGGAAAAUGGAAAAAAGCCAUAAAUCGGCAAUGGAAAUUGUACAUGGAGUUUUGUCGAAGCCCGACGUUCUGCAAACAUCAGCAAAAAAUGAAAAGCCAAUAGAGUUGGUGGAAGGAGAUAAGAGGAAACUGUUUAUGCUCUCCGAUAAAACAAGCGUGAAGGUUUUGGGUAAAAAUGAGAAUGUUCAAGUAGUCCAAACCAAAUAUCCAUCGAUCAGCGAACAAAAGACUGUCUUUAAGCAACUAUGCCGAACCUUCAACUCUCCCGCAAAAUCUAAAUUACAUGUGAGCUUCUAUGAAUCGGGAUGGCUUCAAAAGGUCGCCGAAAUAAUUCGUCUGUCAGUAUCAAUGAGCACCAUUAUUAACAGUCUAAAAUCUUCACUUUCCUUGUGUAUAGAAGAUGGAUGGGAUGCAACGUGUCAAUUAAUGUCUCUGACACAGAUACUUUCUGAUCCGUUUUACAGAACUAUUGAAGGAUUCGGGAUUCUCAUAGAUAAAGAAUGGGCUGCAUAUGGAUAUCAUUUUUCAUCGCGAAACAACUGUUCAGUCAUUUCUACUAACAAUGACAUCAUCCCUGUGUUUCUCAUUUUUCUGGAUGCCGUUCAUCAAAUAUUGGUUCAAUUCCCAACUUGUUUUGAGUUUAACGAUUACUUCCUUCGCUUCAUUGCUUAUCACAGCACGACCGCAUACUUCCGUACAUUUGUCCUCGACUGUGAGAGCGACCGUGUUCAACUGGAUUAUACAUAUCCGGAUGUGGAGAAAAACAAAAACAUUUGGAGAUACAUCAAAAAAUUGAACGAUGAAACAGCAAAGUUCAAGAACUGGAGUUACUCAGAUAACACAGAAGAUGUAAUAAUUCCGUCAAGUUCAAUCGCUUCCAUGGAGAUUUGGAGUUUUUACGUGGAAAGACUGCAAACAAAUGGAACCGCUUAUGAAAUAAGGAAACGGAACUGGCUAGAACCCGCAUUGAUUAUCAAGGAGUCUUCAUUAAUCUGUUCAGAAUGCUCGCCAUUGGUUAAAGACGAUAGGAUUAAUGUGAAUGAGGAAGAGAUAUGUGAUAAUCGAGAAGAGAAGCGUUUGUCUUCGCCUCGUUUCUCAGUUGACCCCAGCCCUGAUGACUCGGUGUUGUACAGUGAGUAUAUUCAAGAAGCCUACAAACUUGGGUCGCUGUUCAGUCUUCUGAUGAUGAGGGAGAGCUCACCACCUAGUGGUGAGAGCACCAGUCAGUCCCAAGUGGAUAAAAAGUCAGAACCCGUCUUCGUCUAUCAAGGAUAUUUAACUAAAAAAGGAGCACGCACAAAUAUGAAGAAAGAACGAUGGUUCGCAUUGGAUUCUGUAAAUAGAAAGCUAUUAUGUUUUGAUCGGCCAAAUGAUAGGCUACCAAAACAUGUUAUUGAGCUUCCUGAUAUAAAGAAUGUCUCGACAGAAGCUGGAACAAACAAAAGCUCACUAGUGAUUACUACGCAUGGCAAGACGCAUGUUCUCUCAUCUAACUCUAUUGAAUGUAUAAAUGAAUGGAAGAGAAAUAUUGAGAAGUUACUCUUCGAAUGA